AUGCCAAGUAUAAAAAUUCUAGAAAUCAACGAAAUCUAUAACGCUGAAUCCACUGUAUCCACUGAAUCCACUGUAUCUGCUAAAUCCACUGUAUCCACUGAAUCCACUAUAUCUACUAAAUCCACUGUAUCCACUGAAUCACGCUUAAACGCGAUGAAGUCCCGUACUCCAACGGAAAGAACAAAAGAAAUAUUAGACCUCAUAAACACAAACCACCUCAAUGAAGAGGAACUCGCUCAUACUCGCGAAUUAAUAUCGCACAACUACGACAUAUUUCAUUUACCUGGCGACUCACUGACCAGAACAAAUAUCGUGAAGCACAAAAUCGUGACUUCCGAUCCAAGUCCAAUAAACGUCAAACAAUACAGAUAUCCGCCAAUCCACAAGGCUGAAAUCAAUAAACAAAUGAAGGAACUUUUGGAAAAUGACAUAGUACGCCCUUCUACUUCUCCGUAUAACUCACCCUUGUGGAUUGUGCCCAAAAAGGCCGAUGAAAACGGCCAGAAACGAUGGCGCAUGGUAAUAGACUACCGUGGGCUCAAUGAAAAACUACCCAGCAUUAAUGAAAUCUUAGACCAACUCGGUAGCGCCAAAUACUUCAGCGUGUUUAUUCUGGCCAGUGGGUUCCACCAAAUAGGCAUGGAGGAGGCUGACGCCGAAAAACAGCUUUUUCCACCCCCUAUGGCCACUACGAUAAUUUACGCAAGCUCAUUGCAAGAACAUCGAAUAAAAUUCAACAAACUGGCUACAAGGUUGUGCGACGCGGUCCUGAAGCUCCAGCCCUCGAAGUGCGGGUUUGUGCAUAGAGAGGUGGCAUACCAUACCGUCAUCUCGGAGGAUGGCGUAAAACCCUGCCCGCAGAAGGUCUCCGCGGUUAAGGACUUCCCGACACCGAAAUUGGUGAAAAAUGUAAGGGAGUUCCUUGGUAUAGCCGGGUACUAUCGCAGGUUUAUUGACAAAUUCUCCCAAACCUCGAAACCACUAACCUCCCUCUUACGUAAGGACACCAAGUUUACGUGGGGCAAAGAUCAGGAGCGCGCCUUCUGCUCGCUCCGCGAAGCGCUCUUAACAGAGCCGGUGUUGCAAUAUCCUGACUUCGCGCUACCAUUUAAUAUAACAACCGAUGCAUCCGGAUAUGCGAUCGGGGCCAUACUGAGCCAGGGCGAAAUCGGGAAAGACAGGCCCAUCGCUUACGCCUCUAGGUUGCUUCAAGGUGCGGAAUUGAAUUAUUCAACUAUCAAGAAGGAGUGCCUCGUAAUCGUAUACGCCGUACAACAUUUCCGAUCCUACAUUUACGGGAAACGAUUUAACCUUAUCACGGACCAUCGUCCCCUUGUAUGGGUCACGUCGGUAAAAGACCCGACGUCGCGACUACUCCGUUGGCGUCUGAAAGUAGCAGAAUAUGAAUACAAAGUCAUUUAUAAGCCAGGGAAAUCCAACUUAAACGCCGACGCGCUAUCUAGGAAUCCUGCUCCGGUAUUCCCCGUCCACUCCGACUCUUCAGACACAUCUCUAUUCUCACCAAGACCACUACGCGAAGGACGAUCUCCCCCGCCUACACCUUCUACCUCCCGUAAUCCUCCGCAAACACAUACUUCGCCCCAACAAUCAAAUUCUAACCUCACCACAACGAACGAACGCAACACCGACAGCACCCCCACACAUUCGCGAGACACAUCUACGAACCGACGGACUAUAAUACACACCCGGGACAGAUUUGUGAUGAGGAAGGACAAUCUAGUUAGCUUCGCAUCACUGGACGGCCAGCCAUUUGAUAACGGCGCAACAGACCUUGUCACACACAAUAAAUUCCACGUACCCCGCGACGCUGUUAUUGGACGCGCAAAAUUGACAAAUAUUGGAGCACACCACCUGAUAAUCUUACCCAUCAAGCCAACACACGACCACACGACUUCUCCCGACGACCUAGUCGAAUCCCUCAGAUCUCUAUAUAACGUAAUAACAGAACUUAAUCUCUCCUCCUUCAGUAUAUCCCGUACCUCCAUCGACGACAUUCCUUGGUCCACGAUCCAAGGAGUGCUAUUCGACCUCUUCAUGUCUACUAACACACAAAUCUUUGCAUGCUCCCACGAAGUCAGAAUACCCACCGAAUCCAUACGCUACGAUAUCCUAACGGAAAAUCACGUAUCUGCAUUUGGAGGACAUAAAGGCAUAUCUGAAACCUAUCACAGGAUCAGGGAAAGAUACUACUGGCCAACGCUCAAAACAGAUGUUCAAAAUUUUGUAAACGCAUGCGAAAGGUGCCAGCUGCGCAAUUUGACACGCGUCAAGACUCGGCAACCAAUGACUAUCACCGAUACACCGACUCACACAUUCGAUAAAGUAGCGUUGGAUCUUGUCGGGCCCCUUCCCACCACACCAUCCGGAAACACCUAUAUCCUCACCAUGCAGGACCUCCUAUCUAAAUAUUCCCUGACGGUUCCUUUAAAAACCUCCACCUCCAUAGAUAUCGCUGACGCAUUUAUAAACAACCUUGUCUGCCGCUUCGGGGCCCACAAGGCCGUACUGACCGACCAGGGGACUAACUUCACGAGCACACUGAUUAAAAUAGUCGCGAGACGAUUCAGAAUAACACAAUUCCGCACCACCGCAUUCCACCCGCAGAGCAACGGCUCAGUGGAGCGAUCGCACCAGGUGCUUACCGAAUAUUUAAAGCAUUACGUUUCGCGUAAUAAUUGGGAUGAGUGGUUGAACCUGGCGAUGUUCUCUUACAACACCAGCGUCCACGAGGGCACCCGCUUCACGCCCCACGAAUUGGUGUUCGGACGACUAUCCCGCCUCCCAUCCAGCUCCUCCUUUACGGAAACAUCCGAUCCAACCUACAAUUCCUAUUUUUCCGAUCUCCAAGUCAAAAUCACUAACACCGCCUUCAGAGCUCGGGAGAAUUUAGGGUCCGCCAAGGAACGAUUGAAUGGCUACUACGAUAGUAAGGUUCACACGGAGACAUUCUGCGUGGGCGAUAGGGUUUUCCUCCUGAAAGAGCCACGCAAGGGGAAGUUCGACGACGAGUACACGGGCCCCCACAUGGUGUUAUAA